AUGCACGGCCAAGUGAAUGCCUCGGCGCAGACUGGCGGCGAGCGGAGCGGCACGUGCGCGUACCAGGACGCGAAUGCGCAGCGCGCUGCAGGUCGCAUUAAGGCGGCGGUGGUUGGCGCGGGUUUUUUGGGUAGAUGCAUCGCCAUUGACCUGUCCCUAUUGGGAGUCCAAGUGAUCGUGUGCGAUACGAACCCGCAGACUGGCGACGCGUUAUCUUCGUAUGCGUACGAGUUGCUCCACCCGCUGCUGUAUCUCGGCUACGUUACGAAGAGCAUGAUGACCCAAGCAUGCGGCAACAUCACGGUAGUCACGGAUGUGGCGCAGUGUGCCGACGCUGCGAUCGUCAUCGAAGCGAUACCAGAGAACUUGGAGGCCAAAGUGAAACUUUUCAAGACACUGGAGCAACACUGCUCGGCUUCAACGAUCUUAACCACCAACACGAUCGAGCUCCCGAUCGACUCAAUUCAGAUGCACCUACAGCACCCAGACCGUUUUUUGGGCAUGCGAUUCUUCUACCCGUGCGUGCUCAUGUCCCCCGUGGAGCUCACAGUAGGGACGUCCACGUCGCAAUGCACAGUCGACCGCGUCGUCGCCUUCUUGCAACGUCUGGAGAAGCAACCGCAUCGCGGUCCGACCAAGCGCGUGUUAACCAGCAAAGAGGCCAGCGCUUUCCAGUUCGACGCGGCUGUACGUGGGCACUUCUACCAUGGAUUGCUGGAGCCCAAGCGCGUGUCCUCCGUGGCCGACAUCAUCACUCCUCAGCCCGGUCCUCCUCUGGUUGGACCCAACUUUAACGCAGACAGAACGUCACUUUAA